UGUAUUGGUACAGCCAAAAUUAUUAGUGAUAAGAAAACUUUCAACAGAAACUUCUCCGUAAUUUGUUACCCUGUUUCUUCUACUGCUACUUCGUACACAUUCAUGUUUUCAUGGAACUUUCUAACAUCCUUAGAAUCAUCACUCACCUUGUUAUUUUUCUCCUACAGGAGAACGGUGCCUUAGGUUUGUGAUAAGUGUUACGCUGGGAUCCCUGGCGAUGAUCUCUCCCACAGCCACAAUUUUCUUGAUUUAAUCUUAUGACAUUGCCGUGAAGGACUCCUCUCAUGUUCGCUCAUUCGUAGUACUCUCUGUUUUAAAAAAUGGCACCUGCUCCAGUCGUGAAUGGUAUUUCUCCGAAGGAAGGCCCUCCCGGAACGCGGGUCACAAUCCGUGGUCAGCAUCUUGGAAAAACUCCGAAUGAUCUGAUUGGUUUAACAAUUUGUGGCAGUGACUGUUUGCUGUCUGCGGAAUGGAAAUCGCCAAACAAAGUUAUUGCUAGAUCCGGUCCAGGAAAAGGCAGAGGUGAGAUAAUUGUGGUCACAGGCUCUGGUGGAAUUGGCACUUCUUUAGUUCAAUUCCGCGGGUAUCACGAAACAAUUGGCCCAUUGAAAGAAAGUGCUGUAUGGGUUGAAGAAGCUUCCUUGAACACCCUAACAUGGGGCCACCGCUCACUUUCUCCAUCAAGUUACCAACUUGAGGAUCCUUUGGGUCUGUCAGUUGAAGAAAAUGAAAAGAAGUUUCCAGAAGAAGAUUUACACGAGCUCUUUCCAGAAUGCAGCGGGGAUUUAUCCUCUGAAAAUUUUGAGCCUGGUUGGUUUCUGCUAGAACAUCAUCAUGCUACCUCCUUUGAUGAUCUCAGAGUAGGUCUUUCAUUCUUGCGGAGAAAAGUUGAGGGCCAGAAAGAAGGCCAGAUCUCUUUCUUGAAGUCAAAUAUUGGAUCAGUAAUGGAGCAGUUGGAUACCCUUUUCAUAUUGAAGGAAAAAUUUGAAGCUGAUUUGAAAGCAAGAGACAUUGACCCUACCAUCAAAGUUGAAAAAGCAAUUGAAGAAUCAAUCAGUGAAGCUGAAAAAUUAUUUCAUGAUGUUCUUGCGCGAAGAGAAAAAGCAGAUGCCACUCGCAAUGCCUUAAAUGUCAUGCAGCGGUUUAAAUUCCUCUUCUACUUGCCUGGAAGUAUUGAGCGGAAUGUGAAAAAAGGAGAAAUAGAUGUUGUCAUCAACGAUUAUGAUAGAGCUCUUAACCUUUUUGGUAAAACUGAUGUUGCAGUUUUUAAGAAAGUUCUAGCCGAAGUUGAACUUAAAAUCAGUGAAUUGCGAGAAAUGCUGUGGAAGAAGCUGGAAGAUAUGAGCAUUGGCCUUGACCAGCAAAAGAAGACAAUUCGUAACCUAGUAAAUUUGGAAAUUGCAGAUGACCCUGGAUGGAAAGCAAUCACAGUGCACUCAAAUUUUCUCAAUGAGCAGUUGAUUGCCUGUAAAACAGAACAUUUGAAGGCUGAAAGUGCAGAUAUGGAUGGCUCAUCCAAACACUUAGACUCCCAUCAUAAACACAAGCACAAAAGAGCUGCCAGUGGGACAUACAAUGUUGAGCUUCUAAACAGAACUCCUCAACCCGUUCUCUGUGUAGAAGAACUCACCGAAAUACUAUCUCAAAGAUUCCCGGACCUGUGGAAACUUGGGCAGUCAUAUUUUAGUGGAGAGUUUCAAAUAAAAAUAGAUCCAGGUCGUCCACAAGAGUUCAAAGGAAUUGUGCUCUCUAUCAUUAGCCUCGUGUGCACUCUGUUAAGGUCUGCUUUACUUCCACACACCGUAGAUAAAAAUCAGCAGUGGCCUCAACACCAUAAAACCUCAGACUCUGUCUCUACGUGGCUUCCUCAUUGUUUGCGGUACAUACGUGCCGCGUACUCAACAUUAAUUGCCUUAGAUCUACCAAGUGAUGCUUUAAAUAUCUUCUCCUCUUUAGUCUUUGAUCUAAGGUUACACUGCAUGAGUACUCUCCUUUGUCAAGCGGCAGAGCAAAUAAAAACGCUCGGUUUGAAGGAAAAUUGGCAGAUAGAGUUUGACCAAAAUGGAGGCAUUACUCAGCUUCCCAGUAUGUUUGAAAAUUUAGUUGCAGAAGUCAUGCAAUUAGUGAAAGACUCUGUUAUAAUAGCAGAGCAGCGAGAAACACCUCUUCUAGACAACCCAGCUGCUAAAAAAGAUCUAAAUAGACUCGUGUUGAAAUUAUUACUGAAUUUUGUGGAGGCAUUAGAUAAUCUUGGACUGACCAAUGAAGAUGGUGAUCAUACGCUCGGUGUUUCGCAGCUCAUCGGUUCUUCAUCUCAGAGUCGGGAUAAAGACUCUUUUGGAGCAGUGUAUGAACAGAAACUGCUUUGUACUCUAAGCAAUUGUCGACAUACGCGCUUGACAAUUUUUCCACGUUUCAUUAAUCUAUUUGAACGUCAUGGAUUCCCUCGCCUUAGUGAACCAUUUGAAGAAGCAGAAAUGGCAUUUAAACACUUAGAAAAAAGGAUUUUAGAUACAUAUAUAGAACAAAAGAGCGACCCAUUAGUUGGAACAAUUGAGCCUUCUAUGUACAUCGGCAAUUUUGACUGGGAUACAUGUCUUCCGCCUACUGAUAUCCGUCCCUAUGCCAAAGAGAUAAUCUUUUCUAAUAUUAUCACCGUACAUUCUGAGGUUUACAAAGUGAUUCCAUCCCUGGUGUAUCCUGUGAUCUCUCAAAUUGUUGAAAUAGUAGCUGAAGAACUGUCGCGGCUAAUGUCCUGUGUAACCAAAUUUAGUAUUGCUGGGAACCAGCAAGCCAGAAUAGACAUUAUGGCCAUCCAGCAAACCUUGCAACACUUUUCAACAAAAAAUGCUGUAUUGUACUUCAAUGAGGCUCUUGAAACCAUUCCUCCACUUGAUGAUCCAUUUGAUUUGAAAGUUGUCGAUGAAGUUCUGAAAAAGUUCACCACAAGAAAUAAAUUACAACUAAAGUGUUUCAACAAUCCUUCCUAAAUCAAGAAAGUGCUGAUUGUAAGUCAAUUCCCUCACACUUUUUUUCUUUUUAAUGGUGCAUAUAAUCUGUGGUAUCAGGUGUUGAAAUAGGUAAGUGAAAAAUAGGACCUGGGUCACUUUAUUUUUUUACUAAAUUGUGCUGUCUCAGGAAUGUUUUCAGUAUAAUUUUUUACUGAUUUGUCAAAAUGAAUAGUGUCUCUGAUGUUUUACAGGGAGAUGAAGUGCACUUUACCAUCUUCCAUGAUGUAAGAUCAAGUUCAAAAAUUAAAGUUGGACCGAUUUAAGUGGAGUCAGACUAACAGCAUUUUGUGUUGCCCAAUUUUCUCUCAUAUUUUAUUUUUUAAAAUAAAACCAAAUUGCUUAACGAAUUUAAACUUCCUGCAAAUACCUAUUUAGCCUAAAUUGUAACUAAAUACUCACAACAUUUCAAAUAUCAGUGUUCCUUAGUUUACUGAAAAAAAAAUUAAGAGAAAAUUAGGCAACGUCUAAUGUAGUUAGACUAAUUCCUUGUCACUCUGUCUAGUCAAUAUCUAAGGCUCUAUCCAAAUUCAUCAAAGUUUGAGAGAAAAAGAGCACUUGCCAACACGUCAUGAAAAUUCCAAAAACUUUAAUGUCUCCUCUAACAACGCUUCAUUUUAGCCAUCUGAGGAGUCUCUAAUUUCAAUUUGCUGUGAUUAAUUUUCUUUAGGCUUGUAAGCGUGUAAAAGUGGUUACUUAGGUGCAUUCAUCAGUAGAAAUCUUAAUUUUUUAGAAUACGGAUUUACUACCCUAAAUGUAAUUUUUAGAAAGUCUUUCAUCAGAUUCUGCAGGAGUUUUAAUUAAAAAGAAAGAAUUUUUUCUCCUUCUUGUUACUUGCUGCCAGUUUUUCAGGUCUUUCGUUUACUUUACUGCUCCUCGUGUCAAAGUUAGUAGUUGUAAUAUUUUACAAACUCCCAAAGACAUUAUCCUAUUUUUGUUGCUGGCACAAUUGCAUAUAUUUUCCACUAUAUUCUACCAGUGCUAAAAUUUGAAUCCUCAUUUUACAUUUUGUAUAUUUAUUACCUAUUUUAUAUUUAACCAAAGUACUCUGAAAAAAAAAAAAUCAAUAAAUACUUAAUUCACAUAUC